CUAUCACAUUUCAAUUUCAUGAAAAAAAAUUAUUGCUAGAUGCGCUCUGCUAAAAAAAGUCUUCUACUUUGCUGAUCUCCGCGCUGUUUCGCUGUUGAUCUUCGAUACAGCACCAUGUUGGAGUUCUUUUCCCGUCUAGUUGCCUGCCUGAGGCUGGGAUUUUUUAGUAUUGGUUACAAAAAGCGCGUCGCUUUCCUAGCGCUUGUGUCGGUUGUUGUGAUUGGAGCCUGCUUGAGGCCGUAUUUUCUCGCGAAUCUUUCUGAUAUGACGAUGGUCCAAGAGGGAAGCCGCGGUGAAGGAAAUGAUGACUGGGAUAUAUGGUCUAGGCGCAUGGAGAUGCAGGAUUACCGCUCGAUUGGGGACGCUUUUGACUACUGUGAACCGAAACCAAAUAGGCGAAAAGUCGGGAAAGUGAUGGUGCAUUUUGAUCGGAAACUUGGUACAGUCGUGGCAACAGUUGCAUGCAACUUCACAAUGCCUGUCUCCGUCAAAAAAGGCACAGUUCAUGUUGUUUCCAAGUUCCAUGGUCGGACCAUGUUCGACCAGAAGUUCAAGCUCUGCAAAGCGAAAGUCGACACUUUUAAGUGCCCACUUAGUAAAGGUCAAGUAAUGCGAGUUUAUGAGACGUUCUCACUUCCCAAAUAUAUCCCAAAGGGCCACUACACGUCGACUGCUUCGGUAGCGAACCAAGAUGGCGUCUGCUUCGUUGUCGCCGAGUCGAACCUACGGAUAUAGAUGUCUUACAAUGUUCAGUAGAUAGGUACUUUAAUUUAUACCAAGACGUAAUAUAGUAUAUGUCAGAGUAAAAUCCCAAAGUAGACAAGUCAGCAAAAUGCUCAGUUCGUACGCUCCUCGCAUUGUAUGACG